UACGCGAGUCGCCGGUAAAAUAGUAUACCUAUCGUAUCGCCGUGCGCAGCGUCACACAAUCGCCACCGGUCCGUCCGGAACAACGGGUCAUUGAUUCGGUCUCCGUCGCCGUCGCCGAUUUCUGCACGCGCACUUGUACGUUUCGUCUUCUGAGUCUCUCUCUUUUUAAUUUUAAUUUUUUUUUUUUUUUUACUUUUCGCGCGCACGUUCAAAAUUCUAGAAUUUAAUAUAUUGACUUAUUAGAUUCGAAGGAAAUCGUUAACGUACACGUUCGAGUUUUUUACGUCCGCUCCGCCGUUUCGACAAUAGCAAAAAUUAUAUAAUAUCUAUAAAUAUUGUACUGUUAGGUUUAUUAUUAUAAUAUAAUAACCAUAACGCCGGAUAUUCGCUCGUGCAUCGUGCCAUUAGCCGAUAUUAUUAAUUAUAAAUAAUAUAUAAUAUACCGAUUCGGCGCAGUUCUGUUCGACUUCGCAUUUUCCGCGUCACGAAUUUCGCCGCUGCAGGUUUGAAAAAAACAGAACGAUCGUCUAUCCCUAUGCAUCAAUGACUAUCAUGUCAAGACGAACCGCGCCAUGCGGUUGAGGAGACAUCAACGACAGUUAAACGAGAAAACAUUAUUAGUCAAUUUACGCUAUUGUGCUGAUAUCGAUCGAUAUUCGAAUACACUCUAAAAAUAUAUAUAAGCUGUGGUGCAGUAGUCUUCGUAACUACUGAAAUAACCAACUACCUACAAUAUUGUUUAUCGCGAGAUUAGAAGACACAUCGAAUCACACAGAGAUAUUUUUUAACGCUGGAACACGUGCGUUCACUGGGAAAAAUUACAAGAACUAAAUAAAAUGAAGAGUCAUGGCAUUUGUUCAGCAAUGAAGUCUUCGUACAAUAAAACAUUAUUACUUAAGAUAUCCAUAAUUGGAUUGAUCAUCAGCCAAAGUUUAGUGAAAUCGUAUCCCUCGUGGGACACACAAACUACGAUUACAGAUUUUGGUCGCAAUAUCAGACAACUGCCAUGCGUCAGCCGAAGGUCCGGGGAGACGGGCGUGUGCAUGUUCGCCUACUCGUGCGCCAAAGCGAACGGCACGCAUCUGGGCACCUGCAUCGAUCGAUUCUACUUCGGUAGCUGCUGCAAGACUCAGUCGGCUGCCGACAUCGACGCGGCCAGCGAACCGGACAACUACCUGAACAGCGUGGACAACAACGACGUGGCCGGCCCGGCCGCAACCACGGACACGAAAACGGGCGCGCCACUGCACCUGCUACAUCAGACGACGGGCGCCACCGCCGACAGAUACAGCACGCCGAGGCCGAGCUCGACGACGGUAACCGGUUACCCGACGUCCACUUCACAGUCGUACAAGCCCACCGGCCAUUUCGCCGUGUCGUCGUCCACGCCGUCCACCACCACGUCCACGUCCACGUCUCGCACCCAAUACACAGAGAUAUCGGUGUCGAGCGGCACAAAGCCAUCGUACGCGAGCAGCAACAGCAUCAGCAGUUCGCCGCCCACCGGUUCGAUAUCGUCUUCGUACUCGACGACGAUAUCACAAUCGACGAAACCGAUGCCGUCGACCACUUUUUCCACUGCCAAGCCUUCGGUCAAGCCGACAUCGUUCAAACCGCCGCCGAUCAGGGACCAAGCCACUACCGCCACGGCCACGGCUUCUGUUACAACGGCCGCCGUCCAAAAGCCAAAGCCUCAGACCGCGAGACCGACCGUCCAGUUUAGCGUUCCCAGCUCAACGGCCAGCUUUUCACACGAACCUACUACGAAACCCGUCGCCACGACCGGUCAACCGUACACCACGAUGACGUCCAUGCGUCCCGGCCCGCAGCAUAACAGCACCGUCACAGCCACGUUCUCUACAACCAAACCCGUCAUGAAACCGUCGAGCACCACGUACAAAUCGACGGUAGCGUCCACGGCCCCGUCGUCGACGACCGUCGCGUCUGCACAAAAGGUCAAACCACAAACCACAGCCAAACCCACCGCGACGACGGUCAAACCAAAACCUACCACCGGAAAACCGGAAGCGUACGGAUCCACUGUCGAAUCCGCGACCGGAUCCACGUACGCGACUCGCUCAACGGUCGAAAACGUCACUGAGAUCAUCGCCAAUUUCACUGCGGCAACCACGAACGGUCAGAGUCAGACACCGAGCUACGCCAGCAUGACGACCGUCACGUCUACCUCGCCGACCCUGGUCACUUGGACCACUCUCGACAAAGUUCCCGUUGUACCGGCCGAAAACACGAAACCACCACCGCCACCACCAACCAUGACGCACAAGCCAUCGGUUAUCGACGGUUCGACACUUCCUUCUUGGGUCAAACUCCCAGUCGAGACACAUGAACCAAACACAGUCGGUACACCGCCGAAAGAGAGCAGCUCUAGUGCAUCAUACUCGUCGACGAUGACGAUGCCCAAGCCGACGACCCUACCUAGUCCAUCCGAUAAUGACAUCGUUAUGACUUCAAACAGUGUCGAUACGACAUACAGUAGCACGCAAAAUCCUUCGAGUACAUUGUCAAUGCUUACGCAGUCGACUUCGACGGAUUCCAUCGAAGCCGGAAAUGCUCCUCUGAAUAUGUCCAACUACAAAGAUGUUUGUGGAAGACGACUUUUCCCAACUGCUAGAAUAGUAGGAGGUGAAAAAGUUUCAUUUGGCAAAUGGCCAUGGCAGAUUUCGUUAAGACAAUGGAGGACGUCUACAUACUUACAUAAAUGUGGGGCGGCAUUAUUCAACGAAAACUGGGCUGUAACUGCUGCGCAUUGUGUUGAAAACGUUCCUCCGAGUGAUUUACUCCUCAGACUCGGUGAACACGAUUUGUCAGUAGAAGAAGAACCUUACGGUUACGAAGAACGAAGAAUACAAAUAGUCGCAUCACAUCCACAGUUUGAUCCCAGAACUUUUGAAUAUGACUUGGCCCUUUUGCGAUUCUACGAACCCGUUAAGUUUCAACCAAAUAUCAUACCUGUUUGCGUUCCUGAAGAUGAUUCAAAUUUUGUAGGUUCUUCUGCCUACGUCACCGGAUGGGGGAGAUUAUAUGAAGACGGGCCGCUUCCUAGUGUUCUACAAGAAGUGACAGUUCCUGUGAUCAACAAUUCUGUUUGCGAAACUAUGUACCGUGCAGCUGGAUACAUUGAACACAUACCAGAUAUAUUUAUCUGCGCUGGUUGGAAAAAAGGAGGUUUCGAUUCGUGCGAAGGUGAUUCCGGUGGUCCUAUGGUAAUCCAAAGACCAGACAAGAGAUGGUUACUAGCCGGUAUUAUAUCAUGGGGUAUUGGAUGUGCUGAACCAAAUCAACCCGGUGUAUACACUAGAAUUUCUAAGUUCAAAGACUGGAUCAAUCAGAUAUUGCAAUUUUAACGGACAAAACAAACGCGCAACACUCGACAUAACCAUUCAAAAUAUCAUAUCAAGUCGGUCGGUUGUACAACCACAGUUUUUAGACAUUUUUUUUUGUUCCUAAUGAUUUUAUACAGUACUCAUAGUAUAUGUUUUUUUCGCACGACUUGUAACAAAAGAACAUCAUGCGGAAUGGUCAGUUUAAGUGUUAUUGAUCAGUGUGAAUAGUUUCUAAUUUUGUUCGUAUACGUUUAUUGCUAAUAGGAGAGGUGUUUUAUUUACAGCAAACACAGCCGUUUUAUAGAUCUCUAUAGACUAUUACGUCAACGGAUGCAAUUAAAUAGAACAUCUUUUUUAGAUAUUGAUCGACACGUCACACAUUGUAUACUUGUUAUAGUUGUUUUCACUAGAUGUAUGUCUUAUUAUUCUUAUUCACGUGGAAGUACGCUCGUCUUUAAACUAUUGAGUUGUCCAUCAGUGUAAUACUUGACAGACACCUUCACGAAUUGAUUUUGCUAUACAAAGGACAUAAUAUUGUUACGACUCACAAUGUUCCUUUUAUUUCAAACACCAUAAUACUUAAAAUUAUAUGCGAUUUAAUAAUUCUUACUAAAUAAAUACAAAUUGAAAUUUUAUAGAUAAUAAUUAUUAGACAAAAUCAAAGAUAAAAUAUUGAAAUAUUUAUUUUGUGUAACAUUAAGUAUGAAUAUACAUAAUUUAUCAAAAAAAUAAUAUCAUUCAAUCAGUCGAUAAAUAAUAUUUUAACUGAAGCCAAAAAUAUUAACUAUUAUUAUGAUUAAAAAUUUGAUCUUAUUGUUUAUUCGUGUUAAUAAUUUUCAUAUUUUAUACUGUUCAAUUAAUAGUGGUUAUUCAUUUUAUCAUUGGUUUAAUUAAUUCAUUUCUCCUUAAAUCAUGUUUUAACAGUCAAUUUUAGUAAAUCACAUAAAUUAAAAAUCACAUACGAAUCUGUUAAUAUUGAAAUACUAAUUUUUUCGUUUUCAAAAAAUUUUAAUCGGACAUUUGUUUCAUUUUAUAGUUUAUGUCUAUUGAUUUAUUAUAACUUAUUCGUACAUAGUAUAUAUAUAUAAUAUUAUUAUUAUCUAUAGAUAUAUUUGUUGUUAAAUGCUACCAUAAGUACAAUUUACCGUUAAUUGGUUUAUAGACAUAACUUUUACUACCAAAAUUUAAUUAAUUUUGGUUUUGAUUUCACUUUGACAACAUACGAGUACAUUCACAUGAAGAAAGUACAUGUAUUUUUAGGAGUUUGAGAUCGAAUAUAUUUUGAGGGUGUUUUAAAAAAUAAAUAUAUUUAGGUAUACUAAAAUAACGGGAAUUAAUUUAUUUUAAUUAUCUAAUUUAUUAGUAUUUUUGUAAUUUAUUGUUAAUAUAAAUUUAAUUAAUAAUUUAUGUAUUGUGAUAUAACUUAAUUAUAAAAGUAAAUAUAUUUUUAUCAUACAUUAUUUAUUAUAAGUAUAUAAAAAUAUUUUAUAUUCUUAUGAGAUGUAGCACAUUUUAGCCAGUGCUCAUUCUAUUUAUAUUCAUAAUUAGUACCUAUGGUAAGUUAACGUGUUUCAGAGAAAUCCAAUUUAUAUUUUAGAUAAUUUACACACGUAAUGUUUUCUUAUAAUUUGUUCAAAUUAAAUAUAGGUAAAAUAUUUUUUAUUUAAGCAAUAUAAAAUAUUGAAUUUAAAAUCGGUUAAGGUAUAAAUCCAUUUUAUGUAUUAGGCUGGGUAUUUGCAUCAAAGUAAUUAUUAUUGUGAUAAUAUAUUUUGAGGUUUCUCUGAAACAUUGUAAAUAUUAUAGUAAUUACCUAUAUUUAUAAAUAUGAUUUAUGUAAACAAAUGUAUGAAAGUACAUUGUGUAAUUUAAUGUGUAUAGGUAUAGGUUUUACAAGAUUAGUGACCAAAUUUAGAAAAAAUAUAUUUAUAACAUAAAAGUGACUAUAUAGUAUAUAAACUCAAUUGUAAAAAUAAGUGGUUUUAUUUUUUAAAUAAAGUUUUUAUACAAUAA